AUGUUAAACUCCGACGAGUUUCUUAAAGCCGAACUAUUCUGGCUUCAAUACGUUCAGCAAAGAUCAUUCGCUUCUGAACUGAAGUCACUGAAAAAGGGUUCUUCAGUAUCUCAAUCAAGCCCGUUGAAAGCACUAAGCCCAUUCAUUGGGGAAGAUUUUUUACUCCGUUUUGGCGGGCGGUUAAAGAAUUCAGCGCUUGGUUACGAUGAACAGCAUCCAAUCAUUCUGCCGCGAGGUCCAGUCUCCGCAUUGCUCAUUGACAGAAUUCAUAAGGAUACGCUUCAUGGGGGCGUACAACUGGUGCUUCGCAUGCUGCGCCAAUGUUAUUGGCUACUGGGUGGCCGUAGCGCCGUAAAGAGCCACAUACGCCAAUGCGUACUCUGUGCUCGUCACUCGGCACGACUCUCAUCUCAGCUCAUGGAGAACCUUUCCUCCUCUCAGGUCAAUCCAUCUCCUCCUUUCUCGCAUACCGGAGUGGACUAUGCAGGUCCCUUUCUCGUUACUCCCUUCGUCGGUCGAGGACACAAGGCGCGCAAGUCAUACAUCGCGUUGUUCAUCUGUCUAGUUACCAAAGCCAUUCACCUUGAGCUUGUUGAGGAUUAUUCCAUGGCUGGUUUUCUUGUCGCCUUUAAAAGGUUCUGCAGCAGAAGGAGAUUGCCGAAGAGGCUGUAUAGCGACAAUGGAACAAACUUUCGUGGAGCUGAUCAUGAGUUAAAGCGCCAUUUCGACGCUCUUGUCAAGGAGCCUGCACUCCGAGAUGUCCUCAUCAAGGACGGAGUUGACUGGCAUUUCAUAUCAGCCGCCGCGUCUCAUCUGCGGUCUUUGGGAAGCUGGCGUUAA